ACAAAAAAUUAUUCGCAAACACAAAAAAAAUUGUUAGUGAAGAACAAAAUGGAUAAUAAUGGUGGUGGGAGCUCAGGCAAUGAACAAUACACUUCCGGAGACGCCAAGCAAAAUGGGAAGAGGACUUGUCAUCGCCAUACCCCUCAACAGAUCCAAAGACUUGAAGCUUAUUUCAAGGAAUGUCCCCAUCCUGACGAAAGACAACGAAACCAAUUAUGUCGAGAGCUGAAACUCGAGCCUGACCAAAUCAAGUUUUGGUUUCAGAACAAGCGAACUCAGAGCAAAACUCAAGAAGAUAGAUCCACUAACGUAUUACUUCGUGGAGAAAACGAGACUCUCCAAAGUGACAACGAGGCAAUGCUCGAUGCAUUAAAAAGUGUGCUCUGUCCAGCUUGUGGAGGCCCUCCUUUUGGCAGAGAAGAACGCGGACACAAUCUCCAAAAACUGCGUUUCGAAAACGCCCGCCUUAAAGAUCACCGUGACAGAAUCUCCAAUUUCGUAGACCAGCACAAGCCCAACGAACCAACCGUGGAGGACUCAUUAGCUUAUGUUCCUAGCCUUGAUCGCAUCUCGUACGGAAUUAACGGAGGCAAUAUGUACGAGCCAUCUAGCUCAUAUGGACCACCAAAUUUUCAAAUCAUCCAACCACGACCACUAGCCGAAACGGAUAUGAGCCUGUUGUCUGAAAUCGCGGCAAGUGCGGUUGAAGAGCUCAAGCGGCUGUUUUUGGCUGAGGAACAAUUUUGGGUUAAGUCGUGUAUCGACGAGACUUAUGUGAUUGAUACAGAGAGCUAUGAGAGGUUCUCGCAUGCAGUCAAACAUUUCAGCAGCACUACUGCUCAUGUCGAGUCGUCCAAAGCUGUCACGGUGGUUCAUGUAGAAGCGAUAAACUUGAUCCAAAUGUUCUUAGAUCCGGAAAAAUGGAAAGAGCUUUUUCCAACGAUUGUGAACAAGGCCAACACAAUUCAUGUGCUCGGAUCGGGGCUUCCUAUAAGAGGAAACUGCAAUGUUUUGCAAGUGAUGUGGGAGCAACUACACAUUCUGUCGCCACUAGUGCCAGCAAGGGAAUUCAUGGUCGUCAGGUGCUGCCAAGAGAUCGAGAAAGGGAUCUGGAUUAUUGCUGACGUGUCACACCGUGCUAACUUUGACUUUGGCAAUGCUGCUUGUUACAAACGUCCUUCUGGUUGCCUCAUCCAAGCCUUGCCCGAUGCUCACUCCAAGGUAAUGUGGAUAGAGCAUGUGGAAGUGGACCAUAAAUUGGAUACACAUAAGAUCUAUAGAGAUCUUUUAAGUGGCGGGUCAGGCUAUGGAGCUAAGCGUUGGAUCGUCACACUUGAGAGAAUGUGUGAGAGGAUGGCUCUCUCCUCCAUCCAAACCCUUCCUCCAAGUGACCGGAGCGAAGUCAUAACGACAGGAGAAGCAAGAAGGAGUGUAAUGAAAUUAGGUGAGAGAAUGGUGAAGAAUUUCAACGAAAUGCUGACCAUGUCCGGAAAAAUUGACUUUCCGCAGCAGUCGAAAAAUGGAGUGAGAGUCUCGAUUCGGAUGAACAUUGAGGCCGGUCAACCACCCGGUAUAGUUGUCAGUGCUUCGUCUUCUCUCGCAAUCCCUCUCACUCCUUUGCAAGUCUUCGCUUUCCUUCAAAACCUCGACACUCGUCAACAGGUUCUUUCUUGAUCUGCAUGAUCAUCAAAAUUUCUCAACUUAAAUCACGUAUUAACAACAAAAACGUUUACGUGUAACAGUGGGACAUUCUUUCCUAUGGAACCGUAGUCAAUGAGAUCGCUCGCAUUGUCACCGGGUCAAGUGAAACCAACUGCGUUACCAUUCUCCGGGUACAUGUAUAUCUCUCUCUCUUCAACGGUCUUUUAACUAUUAAUCGUUUGUUGGCAAAUUAUAUAACUCUAAUAACCUAUAAUCGUCGUACAUGUGUAUAUAUACAUUAGCCAACGCACGAAGAGAAUAAUGACAAGAUGGUGGUUCAAGACUCAUGCAAGGAUGAUAUGUUGAUGCUGCAAGACUGCUACAUGGACGCCUUGGGAGGCAUGAUCGUGUACGCUCCUAUGGACAUGGCUACAAUGCAUUUCGCUGUCUCCGGCGAAGUAGACCCUUCCCAUAUCCCAAUCCUUCCAUCUGGUUUCGUCAUCUCAAGCGACGGCAGGCGAUCCACGGUGGAGGACGGUGGAACCUUACUCACGGUGGCCUUUCAGAUCCUUGUCUCUGGAAAGGCCAAUAGGUCGAGAGAGGUGAAUGAGAAGUCGGUGGACACAGUGAGUGCUUUGAUCAGCUCCACUAUUCAAAGGAUCAAAGGUUUGCUCAAUUGUCCUGAAUGUUGAGUGAGGGAAUAUGCUGUGGAAGAUUCUCUUUUGUUUUUGUUUUGUUUUGAGAUAUUUCUGUCGGGGGAUUUUAUGACCUCGAUUGGUUAUGAUGGUUUUAUGGACAUGCUUUAAGUCUUAAGAUAUUUCCGAUCGGUAAGAUUACAGACCGAUUGAUGAAAGUAAUAAAACAACCCAUCCUAUCAUGGGUUUUUCUU